AUGGUGGUCAUACGGCAAAUUUCCAGGCCGGUAGCCCGGUCGGCUCCGUGCAGGACACGCUGCUGCGUCUCUGCUUCUUUUUCUUUUUCUUCUCCCCGAUGGCUCUCGUCAGAUAAUAGCUCCUCGCAGAAGAAGAAGCUCAAGCCUCUGACCAGGGAACAGCAAGACUUUCUCUCUUCAGCACUCCGCGUCAACCAGACCGGCGAAGUAGCAGCAACACGCAUCUACACGGCCCAGACUCCCAUCCUCGUCCGCAAUCACCCCCAUCUCCGCCCCCUCAUGGCACACAUGUACGACCAGGAGGCCGGCCACCUCGACACCUUUAACAAGCUGAUCCACCGGCACCGCGUGCGCCCCACGGUCCUGUACCCGCUGUGGACGCUCAUGUCUUCCGGCCUAGGCUGGUCGACGGCCAUGAUGGGCCGCGAGGCCGCCAUGGCCUGCACCGAGGCCGUCGAGACGGAGAUUGGCGGCCACUACAACGCCCAGAUCCGGAGCCUGCUCGAGAUGGUCACCCAGUGGCAGGAGGAGGGGUACGAUGUCGGUGACGACCUGCGCGAGCUCAUCAGCACCCUGCGCAGGAUCCGCGACGAGGAGCUCGAGCAUCUGGACCAUGCCGUCGAGCAUGAUUCCCAGAAGGCUGAGCCGCAUUGGCUCCUUACCAACGUCAUUCGUGCUGGUUGCCGUGGCGCCAUCUGGGUCAGCGAGCGUGUAUAG